AUGAAAUCCUGGGUCCCCAACAACACUACGACCACGAGAGGCUUCCACAGCACGGCGAGCGGGACAACGUAUACGGCAGAGGACACCUCGAGUGCCAGCUUCGCCAGAGUCGCCGUCACCACCGUGCCCACGCGAGAUGUGUCCUUGGCACAGCUCACGUACAGCGUCGAGUCCAAUCAGACGAUGGCUGGGCCCGACAAGACUUCGUCGUGCGAGAGGAGUGAGUGGCAGCGUUCGGCGCUGACCAAGCGUCGUGCUUGCAAGUCCGAGGUACAGCGAAGGGCAGCAGCGUCUCUGCUAGCGUCUUCUCGACAGCCUGCUGCUCCGACUGCACCGGAGACCGAGCAGCGUGGACUCGCGGCCAGCCACAGCCCUCGGACGACGUCGCAGCAGGUCCCCAGACUCGUGAAUUGGGGACGAAGGGGACCAACCCAUACCACGGAGACAAACCAGUGGACUACCGGGCCUUCGUCGGCGUUCCCCUUUAUCGCCUCCCCGUCAGUCCCGUGGCGGCACUGCCGACACUCGGCAUUCGGGUACACCGGGGCACAGCGACCUGAGCAGCAGCGUCGACAGUUCCGCCACUACCAGCAGCAGCACGAGCAGUGGUACAACUACCAGCAGCGCAAACAGCAGUGACAGCGCCCCAGUGCUGCCUCCUCGUGUAGCGCGCGUCAGCAGCGAGGCGGCCGUGGCCCCGAAGACCAACAGCUGCGCCGUCGAGUGCACGCGACGGGACGUGGCCACGGCGACAGACAUCCCUCCGCGCGAGUACGACAACCUCUUGGGCGACUGGAUGGGAGGCCGCGUGCCUCUGAUGGUCGGCGCGGCGCUGUUGACCGCAUUGCUGGUCGCCUCUGCGGUGGCCACCACGGUCGGCAUCAUGAACCGCCACUCGACCGCGGCGCCUGUCGACGAACAACGCCUACGCGACGCCGU